AAGAAAGAGAGCAAAAAUCGUUUGAAAUUCUUAACUUGAUCAAUAAACAAGCUCCCAUCUCUCUCUGUAAUUUCACGAUCUUCGGCUUUAUCACCUUCCCCCCUUCCCCUGCGUUUGCCGCAGUGAGAAGAGAGAGACACGGAGAGAGAGGGCAGCGAGUUUCUCCCUCUCUCUGGGAAGCCUUAAUAUCAUGGAUGGUGGUGGCCGAUCAACGGCUCCUUCUCAAGCUUCCUCGUGGUCGUCGUUUCAACAUUUUAACCUCUGGACCAAAUUCUCCAGUGGGAACAACAGUUCUUCUCGGGAGCCCGCCAAAGAAGCCAUCCAAGACAAAGGGCCGCAACCUAUCACAGGGAGAAGAAGUCGAGCUGGGUUCUCCGACUCCUUUCAAGAUCUUGACGUGGGAUCUUUAGUUGCUGACGACCACGACGAAGGCAACGAUAAAGUUCAACAUCACCCUCAAGCUGAAGCUAAUAAUACAAAAUCUCAGCAGGAAGAAGUGGAUACAAAGGUCAAACAUCCAGAGCCCUCUCCAAAAACAGAAGCAUUCGAAGAUAGCCCCGAUGUCAUUAGCCCAGAAUCCGUCGUCGUUUCCCAGCCUAUAGGAAGUCCCAAAGAAAGCCCCGCCCCCACGGGCACCCCGCCGGCCAACAAAGCAUCACCAUCAUCAGCAACAACUGCUACUUCUGAUCAACCCCAACUCCCCACCACUUCUAGCCCCGACACAAUAUCCUUAGUUCCUUUGGUCUUGCGUGAUUUCUGCAAGGCGUUUAAGAAAGGCCCCGCGCCAUUGAUAAAAAAACAGAACAUCGCUAGUUUGAGAAAAGCUGUCCCUAAGCUCACCAGAAGGAAGAGCAAAAGGGUUCGAGAGGGCAUGGUUCCACCAUUGAGCUCCCCUUUGGAUGCUGAACUUUGUUACCUCAAACCCUCGUGGAAGAAUUUCGCUCUCUGCGAGUUGCUUGCCGCUACAGAUAACUUCAGUCGGGAUAACUUGAUUGGAGAAGGAGGGUAUGCUGAGGUUUACAAAGGGCAAUUAACAGAUGGGCAGUUCGUCGCUAUAAAAAGACUAGUCAGAGGCACUUCACCUGAAGAGAUGACCAUGGAUUAUUUAUCUGAGCUAGGUAUAAUCUGCCAUGUUGACCAUCCCCAUAUUGCUAAGUUAAUUGGGUAUGGUGUUGAAGGGGGAAUGCAUCUUGUUCUUCAGCUGUCCAUCAAUGGAAGCGUCUCAUCUUUACUCUACGGGCCAAGGGAAAAGUUGACUUGGCCGAUUAGGUACAAGAUCGCUACCGGAACUGCUGAGGGGCUCUUGUACCUUCACGAGGGUUGCCAGAAGAGGAUCAUCCAUAAAGAUAUAAAGGCUGCUAAUAUUUUGCUCACAGAAGAUUUCGAGCCUCAGAUUGCCGAUUUUGGGUUAGCAAAAUGGUUACCAGAGCAUUGGACUCAUCACACUGUAUCAAAAAUUGAAGGAACCUUUGGUUACCUUCCUCCUGAAUUCUUCAUGCAUGGUAUAGUAGAUGAGAAAACGGAUGUUUUUGCUUAUGGUGUGCUAUUACUAGAGCUCAUCACAGGAAGACAAGCAAUCGACAGUUCACAACAUAGCCUCGUGAUGUGGGCUAAACCAUUUCUGAUGCAGAACAAGAUCAAUGAGCUAGUCGAUCCAGUCCUGGGCGACUCAUACGACAUGGAACAAAUGGAGCGACUUGUUUGUCUAGCUGCAAUGUGUGUUGAACAGGCCUCGAUUCAGCGGCCACAGAUGAGCCUGGCGGUGGAGAUUCUGAAGGGUGAUGGGAGCACAUUGGAGGAAGUGAAACGAAGGCAGAAAUCCAAGCUUCAAAGAACUUACUCCGAUGAGCUCUUUGAUGCGGAUGAGUACAAUUCCACGAGGUACUUGAGUGAUCUCAACAUACAUAUGGAGGAUCUCUUGGAACCGGAUGAUAAUGAUAACAACAAUGAGGAUAACAACGAGGAGGCUCAUGUCGAGGCUCCUGAACAUGUCAAGCCGCUAUCAAAAGAUGAAGACGAGAAGUCCUCGAGCCAUGAUGAUGAUGAUGCAGAGAAGUUAUUGAAGGUUGAGGAGGUGAAAGCGGCAAACGAUGCAGAAAACUCAUUUAAGGUUGAUGAGCGUCUCUUCUUCUUCUUCUUCCUCUUCUCGAUUUCAUUGCUGAUCCACGAAUCCACCGCCUACCCUGCUACUGCCAGCUCCAUUGUUGACCCCUCCAAAGUCAAACAGGUCUCAUGGAAGCCAAGGGCAUUUGUGUACCAAGGGUUUCUUACCGCCUUGGAGUGCGAUCACCUGAUCUCCCUGGCGAAAUCGGAGCUGAAGAGAUCGGCUGUUGCUGAUAAUUUGAGUGGGCAGAGUACGCUGAGCGAAGUCCGGACCAGCUCUGGGAUGUUCAUUCCUAAGGGAAAGGAUCCAAUUGUUGCUGGCAUUGAAGAGAAGAUUGCAACUUGGACGUUCCUUCCAAAAGACAAUGGAGAGGACAUCCAGGUGUUGAGGUAUGAGCAUGGGCAGAAGUAUGAUCCUCAUUACGAUUACUUUGCUGAUAAGGUCAACAUUGUUCGUGGUGGACACCGUGUGGCAACUGUGCUCAUGUACCUUAGUGAUGUUGAAAAGGGUGGCGAGACCGUGUUCCCUUCUGCUGAGGAACCUCCACGUCGUCGUAAUGUUGUGAAAGAGGAUCUCUCUGAAUGUGCUAAGAAAGGAGUUGCAGUGAAACCACGAAGAGGAGACGCACUGCUAUUCUUCAGCCUGCUCCCAACAGCCAUACCGGACACCAGCAGCCUCCACGCUGGUUGUCCAGUGAUCGAGGGCGAGAAAUGGUCAGCAACAAAGUGGAUCCACGUGGACUCAUUCGACAAGAACGUAGAGGUUGGUGGGAACUGCACCGACCAGAAUGAGAGCUGCGAGAGGUGGGCAGCCCUAGGGGAGUGCACCAAGAAUCCCGAGUACAUGCUGGGUUCAGCUGAACUUCCCGGCUACUGCAGAAGGAGUUGUAAGGCGUGUUAACCCGCCUCUGGCAUCACUUCCCUUCUGCAAUCUAGACACGAGUUUGAGUUCCCCCUUGUAUCUUUCUGGUGUUUGGCCCAAGUUUUGUGAUGAACCUCAAGCUGUUGUACUUGUUUGUUUGUUGUGGAAAAUGUUUGUAGAUUGUUGUUGGAUCCUCCCUUUGCUUACUUCUGGUAAAGUUUCUGUAACAUACAUGACGACUUGUUAGAAAAAAAAUGUUAUAGAUUGAUAUUAGACUCUGCUGAUUGUAUUGCUAUUAAACUCAACUUGAGCAGGGUGAGGAUUAGGUUCUAGAGUAUUGAUAACCUAAAAGAAUACUGGAAUUUGUACUGACAAAGUUGCUCAUAUUA